AUGCGUGUGGCUAUAAUAGGAGCUGGAGUCAUUGGCCUGUCCACAGCUCAGAGCAUUUAUGAGCAGUACCAUUCCAUUGUCACGCCGCUGAUCAUCGAGGUGUACGCCGACUAUUUCACUCCGCUGACAACCAGUGAUGGAGCGGCAGGCCUCUGGCAACCAUAUCUUAAUGAUAAAGGCAAUCUGCAGGAGAGGGAAUGGAAUAAGCAGACCUUUGACUACUUAGUGAGCUGCCUCCGUUCUCCAGAGUGUGUAAAAAUGGGUCUUUUUCUCCAAUCAGGCUACAAUCUCUGCUCAAAACCAAUGCCUGACCCAACAUUUAAAGACAUAGUUCUGGGCUUCAGACGCCUCACUGAGCGAGAGCUGGAGAUGUUUCCCGGCUACAGUUAUGGAUGGUUCAACACUGCUCUCAUGUUGGAAGGUAAAACGUACCUACCGUGGCUGAUGGACUGGUUGGCCAAACGGGGUGUGAAAUUUUACCAAAGAAAAAUUAGCUCCUUUACAGAGCUUUUAAAAAAUGGUGCAGAUGUGAUAAUAAACUGUAGUGGGUUGAGAUCUGGAGACCUCCAGCCUGACCCUGAGCUGCAACCAGGCCGGGGACAGAUAAUUAAGGUAGAGGCCCCAUGGUUGAAGCACUGGAUUAUCACCCACAAUACCGAAGGGGUUUACAACUCACCAUAUAUAAUUCCAGGGAGUCGUUUUGUGUCAGUCGGUGGGGUGUUCCAGUUGGGAAAUUGGAAUAAUGACAAUGAUUCCAACGAUCAUAAGGACAUCUGGGAAAAGGCUUGCCAGCUCGAGCCUAGCCUCAAGCAUGCCAAAAUAGUGGAUGACUGGACCGGUCUGAGGCCAGCCCGAAGCAAAGUCCGACUGGAGCGAGAGACGAUACUGUGUGGUGCUACUGCAGUCGAGGUGAUUCACAACUAUGGCCAUGGAGGAUUCGGACUAACCAUUCACAAAGGCUGUGCUGAGGAAGCAGCCAGGCUUUUUGGUCAGAUCUUGGAACAAAAGGGCAUCGGUCCAAAAGCACACCUGUGA